UUUUUUCUCUUUUCAUUUUUAAACUUUUAAGUUAUCAAUUUUGUUAUCUUAUUUCACUUUUAGCCGGUAUCGCCAACCUCUUCCGAACUCUCUAUCUCGACCAUGGGAGAGAGGCACAGGGGCGAUUCCCGUCGGUGAGAAAUUUUGGGAGAGCCGAUGGAGAGAUCAGACCAUGAGUUUCAACUUUCUUCUCAAGGAAGGGGGUCCCAUGGUCAGGAUUGGACAUCUUUCAUGGAGCAGUGUCGGAAUCCUUGUCCCAGCAUCACCAGUCGGCCAAGCGAUCGAUCUGGUGCAAAGACGAACACCAAAGAGAUUGAUGGUGAUUUGAUUCUCAUUACCCCUGGCAUAGAAGCAUUGUCAAGGUUGUUAGAGAAAGAUAAGUCACAGGGAAGAAGACUUGAAAUCGUUUGUUGGAAUUGCUUUUUUGAAAUAUGCAUUCAUUGGACAUUUGCUUCAUCAUAUGUUUGGAGAAACAGCAAAUAUACUCUAUCAAAUAUAGAGUUAAUUGAUAAUGUCUAAACACAUGUAUAAGUUAAGCAAUGAAGAUACAUAACCUGGAUGCCUUGGAGAUAUUUCUUUCAAUUUAAGUCUGAUUAUACAGAAGCUCAUUGCAGGUGUAUAAAAGAUAGAAAGCACAUGCAUGACUACAAUGAUUACAAGACUAAGAGGAUCAAACAAGGACAACGAAGCCAAAAGUGUCAAAUCUGAAUAACUAUAUGUUAAGAUGCAUAAAAAGAAGAAGAAAUAAUAAGAACAAAGUCGAAAUAUAUAAUAGGUAAAUGUAAUAAAAUGAAAUAAAAGAUUGAAUUAUUAAUUUAUGGGAUAACUUUCUGUUUUGUUUUGUUUCUUUUUGUUGCAUCGUAUAUGUUUCUUAUUGUUGAAACAUGUUUCUUAUUGUUGCAUCAUAUUAUUUAUUGUUGCA